UAGUUGAAAAGACAACUGACUACCCUGCCGCUGAAUACUCUCUGGUGGAGGAUGUAGCCCUCCACUUCACGUGUUUGAUGGACAGACUGAACGAGCAGCGCCUGUUUCAGCCGGACCUGUGCGACGUGGACAUCGUUCUCGUUCAGCAGAAGAGUAUCUUCCCCGCCCACAAGGGGGUCCUGGCCGCCUACAGCCAGUUCUUCCACUCUCUCUUCACCCAGAACAAGCAGCUGCAGCGGGUAGAGCUCUCCCUGGAGGCCCUGACUUCCCAGGGCCUCCAGCAGAUCCUCAACUUCAUCUACACCUCCAAGCUGCUGGUGAACGCCGGCAAUGUGCAGGACGUCCUGAACGCCGCGGCCGUGCUGCAGAUGAACAACAUCGCCUCCUCCUGUCAGGAGCUCAUCAACACCAGGUCCCUCAGCCUGGCCCUGGCCGGCAACAUGGCCUUGCCCCCCGACGCCUGCGGCAACACCGCCCCCCCGCAGUACUACUGUGAGAUUAAGCAGGAGGUGGAUUCUCCGCAUCCCAAAAUCUACGCCCGGGAAGGAAACGAUCCCUACUCGGUGAGAGUAGAGGACAGGGUGGGUGGAGGCGGCAACCAACAUCUCCCAGCUGUGGCUGCCAAGCAGUAUUACAAGGAGGAGAAGGACAGUGGCCUGGCCACCAUAUGUAAGAUGGAAGGUGGGGAGUCUGAGGAGGAUGUGGACAGCCAAGGUUCUUACAACCGAGAGCAGAUCAUUGUGGAGGUGAACCUCAACAACCAAACCCUCAAUGUCUCCAAGGGGCCGGAAGGGAAGCCCAGUGCCAGUGAAGCCGCAACAGUGAUCAGCCGGCCCAAGGGCGAUGGGCGUGACACGGAGGAGGAGGGGGAAGAGGAGAACGAGGAAGCGGGGGAGGAGGAGGAAGAGGAAGAUGCUGAGGUGGGGGAGGAGGAAGAGGAGGAGCACAGUGACGAGGAAGACCUGGAGGAGACCACCGAGGAGGAGGAGGAAGAGGACGACGACGAAGAGGCGUCCGAAGCAAAAAGGGAAAAAUCUGGACAGCCCCGCAGGGGGAGCAGGGCGUCCAAGGCCACUAAGUCCACCAUGUCCACCAGGUCCCAGGAUCUGGCCAAGGCGGUGGAGGAAGAGGAGGGCCAGCGGGGAAGGAAGAGGAAAAAGGGGCAGGACGGGCUGGGCCCGAAAGUCAAGCUGGAGGAGAAGCAGCACUACCCCUGUAAGAAGUGCCCCCGCAUCUUCAACAACCGCUGGUACCUGGAGAAGCACAUGAACGUCACCCACAGCCGCAUGCAGAUCUGCGACAAGUGUGGCAAGCGCUUCUUGCUGGAGAGCGAGCUCCUGCUGCACCACCAGACGGACUGCGAGAAGAACAUCCAGUGUGUGACAUGCGGGAAAGCAUUUAAGAAGCUCUGGUCUCUCCACGAACACAAUAAAAUCGUCCAUGGCUACGCGGAAAAGAAGUUCUCUUGUGAAAUUUGCGAGAAGAAAUUCUACACCAUGGCGCACGUGCGGAAACACAUGGUUGCGCACACCAAGGAUAUGCCGUUCACGUGCGAGACGUGUGGGAAGUCGUUCAAACGGAGCAUGUCCCUGAAAGUCCAUUCUCUUCAGCACUCGGGGGAAAAGCCUUUUAAAUGUGAGAACUGCAACGAGCGGUUCCAGUACAAGUACCAGCUGCGCUCUCACAUGAGCAUCCACAUCGGACACAAGCAGUUCAUGUGCCAGUGGUGUGGGAAGGACUUCAACAUGAAACAGUAUUUCGAUGAGCACAUGAAAACGCACACGGGCGAGAAGCCCUACAUCUGCGAGAUCUGCGGCAAGAGCUUCACCAGCCGCCCCAACAUGAAGCGCCACCGCCGGACCCACACGGGAGAAAAGCCCUACCCCUGCGACGUGUGCGGCCAGCGCUUCCGCUUCUCCAACAUGCUCAAGGCCCACAAGGAGAAGUGCUUCCGGGUCAGCAACCCCCUGGCUUCGGACACCACCAACAACGGCGGCCGGCCCCCCCCCCCCCAAGGGGCCCCCGCUCUGCCUCUGCUCCACCCUUUGCCCCCGCCUCCGCACCUACCGCCGCCCCCGCCCCUCUUCCCCGCCGGGCGGGUCAAUGCGAACAACUAAGCCCGCAGGCGCACGGACUGCUCUGCCCUGCAGGAAGUGCCCGGCCACGUGACGGGGGGAGGAGGAGGAGGGAGGCGAUUAAUUCUCUCUCUUUUUGGGGUUUUUUUCCCCCUUUGGUUUUACGAUGAGCCUGUAAGCCUUCCGUCAAAGGGACAGGUGCUCUGGGCUGCAGCUAAUGCAGCACGCUCCCAGGUUCGACGUGCAUAUAAGCCGGGGAAACGUGCCGGCUUCCAGUCAGGGUGUAGACAAAACGGCUCUUCCUCCCUUCUUAUUCACUGGCUUUAGCGUUUCCCAAGCCCCGGUCUGACUCCUCCUCCUGCCUCGUUGUUACCGAGCUGGAUUGCCUCUGCAGCCCAGGGCACCGUGCCCACAAUUUCUCCCCGAUUUCACGGUUCUGUGCAAUUCCAUUAGAUUAACAACUCACGCUCAACCCUGUUGAGCCAUUUCCACUAGCUCCUCAUGGCAGCAGUGAGGUGUUUAAGGUGUUUUUGCCUCAUUAGGCAGCCUUUUUAGCUUUGCCUGUGGCUAUUGGAAACUUGUCCAUGAUGAAUUCUCUGCAAAAUAGUCCAUCAUGCUCCUCUUUAGUUCGCCACUGAGACCUGAAAAAAACUACAGAUCCCAGCAUGCCAUGCUGUUCCGAAUGGCUUCCUGCUAGAAGGAAGGCGCAUAACAUGCUGGGAGCUGUAGUCUCUGCAGGUUACGCCUCUGUGGUAAAGAUGAGGUUUGCCACAUUGCCCACUGUACUGCGAUCAGAGGUAUCACUAUGGCACCUGGAAACGUCCCUGAGCUAGCUUUGGGCUAGCUAAAUUGAAUAACAACUACACGGCAACUGCAGCACCGUGGGCUGUGCAUGCUCAUCCAGGGUCCUGGCGGUGUUCUCAAACAGCCAGCCUGUAAUGUCGCAGUUUUUGCUGCCGUUGAGGUUUGAGAAAUGCUGUUGCAGUUUGAGCUAGUGGGAUCAAAGCGAGCUCUUGGCGUGUCUGCACGUGCAGCAGUCACACACCUCUGAUCCAAGUGUAGACAAACCCUUCAGUCUGCCUGUUCUAGCCACCACCAUGAGUGUUUUAACUCAUCCGUCCCUGGGAAAACAGCACCAGACUUGGGCGCACGGAGAUGCAAAAGAGGCGCGAGAUCUAGAAUCUCUUUGAGAUUGGCCUAUUCCACAGAGUGAGACACAAAGGAAGGAAGAGAGGCUACAGUGCUCUAGGCAUUAGGAUUUUUUUCUUAAAUGCCAUAGGCUAUGAACACAAGGGAUGGGAACCUUUCAUGGCUGUUACGCAGAUUAGAGGCAGUGGCUGUAAUCUAGUGCAUUUUGCGCUUGAGCCCGUCACUUGUCGUGACAGGCUGGUGCUACAAGAGAGAUCUUUCUGCGAGUUUAUCAUUCCCUUAUGAUAGAAUGGCUGAAAGAAAUCAAUGCUUCCUGUAAGCUAAGUACUUGUACCCCUCAGGAAAGAUUCACAUUCCACUCAGCUGAUUAGCAGAGCACUCACAGAUAGGUAUUUUUGUUUCUACCGGUGGUGCACAUUUGCACAUGCUUCAGUGCAUGUAAAAAUUUAUUCCGCACAUAGAUGAAAAAGAUUAGAGGGAACAUUGGCUGAAAUCAUAGCCAGGUUCUAGGGAAUGAGAUGUUCCCACUGUCUAGCAUCUCCAGUGCACCACAUGGCAUGACCUAGGGGGUUACAUGCUAUUGAGCAGAGACUUUUGUCUCAAAACCCACUACCACCACCUGCUCUUGUUAGCAAUCCUUGUUAAGUCUUCCUCCUAACGGGGAUUCUGUACCCUUCCCCACAUGCACACUUCCUCUGCAAUUUGGUAGGCUAAAGCCCAAACCCAGAAGGCUGUGUUUAGUGACAAUACUCACUAGCUGGAGUGGUUUUGAUAGUAAGACUGCUUUCGAUAACCCCAGCUGCGGUGCUAGAAAUGAGGGCCGUAUUUCUAGGAAGCACACAGAAGCUGUGUUGGGACCUUGCCACAGAGCAGCUGGGUUCCAUGGUGCAGGCUCCAUUGGUCUUUAGACAAAGGGAUGGGUUGGAAAGUUGCUCCACUCCAGCCUAAAAGGAUCUCGUGCCAGGCUGAACUUCCCUGGGAGUUACUCUUCAUAAUAGUGCCUUACCGUUAUCUAAGGUAACUCCUGGUGUGUGCAGGAGUUAGCCUGAAGUCUGCAAACCUGAUCCGAUAGCCCUGCCAGUGGUACCAAGAAAGGGCAGGGGCCAGCUCCCUUCAGUCUCUAUUUCCUCCUUGCACGUCUCAUCUCGCAGGCCCCCAGAUCCGAUACGUAACUCUCCUUUCGAAGGCUGGUUCUACCUUCAGUCACAGCACAGUGAGCCUUUGUCCAGAGAGUCUGCAUUUGAGAGCAGUAGCAUGGAGUCAGCUCUCCGAGCUCAGUGGCCCUGUAGCUGCUGACGGUUCUGAAGAUACAGCUUGUAACCCUGAUGUCAUGUGGCUGGCACGUGCCGUGGGCAGGGAAAGGCAAAUCAUUUAGGUAUGGGCGGUGGGUGAAGGUAGGGCUGGGGAGGCAAGCCCACAACCCUGCCUCCAGCCCCGCCCCUUCUGCCUAAGCCCCGCCCCCAGCAUCACGAGAAGGUGGGGCGGUGCAUGGCUCAAGCGUCCACAGCUCCAGAGCAUGGGGCAGGCAGAGGAUGCAUGGCCCCAACAUCUCCACCCGGAGUAGGCGUUCUGGGGGCGGAGUGUGGGCAGGGCCAGGCUGGCUAGCAUACCUGCCCUGUCUGUAGUGGGUUUUGUGUUACCUCCCAUGGCCUAACAUGGGGUGUGCACUUGUGUGACACCCCGGGAUACAGAGUCUGUUCUUUAGAAGGUUGCAGUGGUGUAACCACACGGAUGUCAUUGCCCUAGUCUAGUGGCUUUUCUUAGUCCAGACAAACCCUCAGGGACCGAUCCGGCAAAACAAAACCUCGAAGGCACCUUCGACUCUCAUUGGUGUGUGUGUAGGGGGAGGGGUUGAUUUGCUUCACUCCAAGAGCUGCCAGCACCUUGCAGAGAGCCGUGCUGCCUGUGGUCAUGUUAGUGCCUCUUCCGUUCUGAUCCCCAGGAGAAAAGGCUGUACCGAAAUAUACUGGGCCAGAUGCCUAGCUGGCGAUGCAAGCACUGCCCCCGGGAAAGGAAAAACGGGGAGCUGAGGGGAGAAGACGCACCCAAUGAGCUGAAGAAGCCCUUUCUCAUUGGCAGUUUGGUCUGUAGCUCUGUAGCGUCAGUAAAGGCCCCUCGAG